AUGGAGGCGAAAGGCAGAAACAUGCCCCCAGAGCUGCCCUGCCGCCCCCUCGCUCGCCCAGCCAUGGUGUGGUGCGAGCGGGGCAUUCAGGUGCUGCUGACCACCAUGGGAGCGUUCGCCGCCUUCGCCCUGAUGACGGUGGCCAUCGGCACGGACUACUGGCUGUACGCCCGGGCCUUCAUCUGCAACAGCACGGCCAACUCCUCGCAGGACGAGUCCAGCAACAAGGACAAGAAGGACCCCGGGGCGCUCACCCACUCCGGCCUCUGGAGGAUCUGCUGCCUGGAAGGUUUGAAACGAGGUGUGUGUUCCCAGAUCAAUCAUUUCCCAGAUGACGCUGACUACGACCAGGACGCUGCAGAGUACCUGCUGCGUGUGGUUCGAGCCUCCAGCAUCUUCCCCAUCCUCAGCGCAAUCCUGCUUCUGCUCGGCGGAGUGUGUGUUGCAUCCAGCAGCUUCUACAAGAGCAAAAGGAACAUUAUUCUAGGGGGAGGGAUCCUCUUUGUAGCUGCAGGCCUCAGCAACAUCAUCGGAGUGAUAGUGUACAUCUCGGCGGCACUGAGCGACAUCUCUCCCAAGAAGGACGAGGAUAAGAAGUGGCACUACUCCUACGGCUGGUCCUUCUAUUUCGGCGGCCUGUCCUUCAUCCUGGCUGAGAUGGUGGGUGUCCUGGCCGUCAACAUCUACAUCGAGAAGAACAAGGAGCUGCGCUGCCGCUCGCGCACCGACCUCUUCAAGAGCACCACGCACGCCAUGCUGCGGCUGCCCAGCUACCGCUUCCGGAGGCGCUCGCGCUCCAGCUCGCGCUCCACCGACCCGCCGCGCUCACAAGAGACCUCGCCCAUCGGCACCUCCAAGACCUUCAGCCUGCCGCCUUCCGCCCCGCCCUUCUCCGUGGCCACCCUGCCCAACCCGCACCACACAAGCGGCAGCGGAAGCGGAGGAGGCGGCGACAUCUCAAUGUACACCCUGUCCAGGGACUCCAAGCUGGGCGCCCCGCCUCUCUACGGCACGGUGGACCGCGCCACGCUGUACCAGCUCCACAACUACUUCCCUAAGGAUUCCAGCAGUGGAGGAGGAGGAGGUGGGGGAGGAGGAGGAGGAGGGAUGAGCACCGGCACGCUCCCGUCUCUCUCCAAGUCCAACUUGGCGGCAGCGGCGGCCGUGGCCCAAAAUGCAGCACCGCUGAAUACCUCCACGUCAGCCGCCCCGCCGGCCCAGCCUGCGCCAAUAUCCACCGCCACCAUGGAGAGGGACAGGGGCAACGUGGGAACCCUGGACCGGCUGACGGCCAAACGGGACAGGGAUAGCAACUCAGAUACUCUUAACAGGAAGACCACGCCAGUUUAAAACUAAACCUCAGAGAGGAGGAGGAAGCAGGAGGGAGAGAGAGACAGGAGAGGAAACAGAGAGAGAGUUUACAGGAAAGAAAGGAGGGGAGUGAACAAAGACAAAGAUGGAGUCAAAUUGAGAGAAAGUGAGGGAAAUAUCUAAAUUUAAUGAGAGUGAGAGCAGGGCUGAAAAUGUUUGGGUGACACUUUAGCGGUAACUCGGUUGUCCUUCAGCUUGUGGUAUCUGCCUGCCAUAAAUACUUAACAACAUCAUAAGCAGUCAUAAAAUACCCAACAGUGCAUGCAUGUUCAUGACAACUGCCUUAAAACUGGUCAUGAAUUAAACUCUGAAACCUCAGUUU